AACAUAGAACUGCUUGCCUGAGAUUGAAGUCUACAAACAAACCAAUACAACAUUGUACUCGAUCUGCUCCCUAAUUUGGAAAUUGAUGGCGUCUGUGUGAGCUUAUGCUGAUCAUUUUGGUGCCCAAUCUGCAACCAUAUGGUGAACUGAGUUGUUUUUAUAGUUUUAGGAAUGCUGAACUGUAGAACCAGAAGUAAAUCCUGGCUACUCAGUAACUGUUGGUUGCUAGUCAUAUCCUUAUUUGUGGUUUUGAAUCCUCACAUCUUUUUUUUCUUACUCAACCUGCACCGUGGAGCAGGGGCGACUUUGAAUCAGAUCAAUAUCACGCGACUGUUGAAGGCUCUUAACUUCUGGACAAAUUUCCCUGUAGUGCUAAUCGCAUCGGGUUGCCUGAGGAAAGGCUACUGGUAUCAAAUGCGCUUGCUCAUAACUUUGCUGUUUUCACAAUGUCAAGUAGAGGAAGGUGCUGGACAUUUGGGGGAAGAGAUGUUAACAGUAAAAGAUAUCCUAGAAUGGUGGGUGGGUAAAUAUAAGUUUCACAAAGCUCCUCUUAUCACCUUGGGAGCCUCUUCUGGUGGGUACUUUGUUUCUGCUCGUGUUGCAUAUCCGAAGCUGAGUAGUAUUAUGAUCAUGAUUGCUGAAGGGGUUUUUGGUGAGAUAGAUAUCCCGGAGGACUAUCCACCUACUCUGUUUAUUCACAUGCCGAAAGAUGUACACAUGAAGCAACAGAUAAGUGUGCAUUUGGAGAUGCUGAAGAGUAAAUGUAUCAAUGUUGCAUAG